GCGAGAAAAGGGUGUGGCACAGAUGAAGGAGUUCGAGAAAGGUUGUUGGACGUGUUCGUUCUCUUCCUUGGUCCCGCUCUUCCUCAGCCUUCUUUUGAUUCUCUUCUGCCCGCCGCCGUUCCUCCCUCUCCCUUUCGCGCUCUUCCUCCGCCCUCAGAUAAAGAGCCUUAUAAUCCGGAGAGCUGUUGCUAGCCAUCCAUUCGGCAAAAGCUAUCAAACACGGGUGGCUUCGAUCUGGGGUAGUUCUGACAAACACGCCAAAAAGGAACCCCAAAAGCGGCAAGAAUAUUCUUCCUUGGAGUAUAACCGCUUUCAAAAUCGUUGGUCGUCAAAGUUUGAAUAGGAGAAAAAGUGAAAAGAGACAAAAUCCAGCAUUACGUGCUAUGGUAGCUUAUAAAGUCAGUACAUUUGUAGUGCCUCCACCUCGUUCGUUUCGGUUGGAGUAACAGAUGUUCUCCUAGCCAAGGGGCCGAUAAGAUGCGCCACUAUCACGUGAUGAAGAAUGGAGCUGUGCAUGUAUACUUCGCUCAUUACUAUACAGGUCGGCAAUGCCAAUGCCUUGUCCACCACUAUUUCCCGACGAUUCCCAUAGCUCAUCAUCAGCCCACAUAUAGCUAACAGAGGGAGAAAGAACACCUAGAUUAAGUUUUGAAAUGUGAUAGCAAGAAAAAAAAUCUUUUAAUCGGUCUUUCUCAUGCCCAGACUAUGAUGGAUUAGGCGGAAUGGACUGACUCCACCUGAAGUUGUCCAAUGAGAUAACGUGCUCUCCUCCGGCCAAU